AUUAGAGAUCUUACAUGGAGGAGAAGUUGCAUACCUGUCCGGAGUGCGGGAAAUGUUUUUCAUGUAAGUCCUAUUUUUAUAUAUACCAGUGAUAACACAAGAGGGAGCAGCCAUACCCUUGUUCAGAGUGCGGGAAAUGUUUUUCAAAGAAGUCCAGCCUGCAUAUGUAUCAGAGACUUCACACAGGUGAAAAGCCAUAUGUGUGUCCUGAGUGCAGGAAACACUUUUCAGAGAAGCUUAGUCUUCACACACAUUAGAGAUCUUACACGGAGGAGAAGUUGCAUACCUGUCCGGAGUGCGGGAAAUGUUUUUCAUGUAAGUCCUAUUUUUACAUAUACCAGUGAUAACAAAAGAGGGAGCAGCCAUACCCUUGUUCAGAGUGCGGGAAAUGUUUUUCAAAGAAGUCCAGCCUGCAUAUGUAUCAGAGACCUCACAUGA